AGAAAACUGCCCAGAUAACGUCGUGGGUCUAUCGAUAAGAAGAGAGAAUCUACGGGGAUUAACGAGUCUUGGCGCCGGGGGCCUGGAUCGAAGCAUUCAAAUUUUGCCUGACGAGGAAAGUCCGUAAACAAUGCACAGGUUCUGGGAUUCACGUGGGCGAUACUAUCCUAAACAUUGGCCGUCGGUCUUUUUGCCCUUGAAAUUGCAGGUGAAUGGGAGAGUGACACGUAGAAUGCAACAUCUUGCACAUCGCAAUAUCUGGAAUUUCAAAAGCGGAAUAUCUGAGUCGAGCAUAAAAUCUCAUAAUAUCACGGAACAUGACGACCAUGAGUACAGCAAAUGAGAGCAUCUCGGCAUUCAGAACUUGCAUCACCUACUUCUUUCUCCUGACACGCUGGUUUACGGAGGACCGCCCAAUGGAAAAGAAGGUGGGCCUGCAAAUCUUGUAAGCAGCAGCAACUGCUGGAACUGUAUCAUGAUCCGCCCUGAAGACACGGUUGGCGGGCUCGGACAAGAAGCUCUAUACUUGUCACUCGUACCGUAUGCAGACGGUUUGAAGGGAAGAGUAGGAAAUGCGCUGCAAAGCUUGACCCUGAGCCCGGUGUGCAUUAAUCAGAAGUCAGGUGCAUGCGUUGGAGCUUCUGAUUCUUACCUUGCUCAAACCUCGUCAAGAAUUGCUCACACAAGUCAAGGAACGUUUAGCAUACGUUGGUGCAGUGCAUCCAUUAAGGCUCUUGGUCUUACGGGGAAGUCGUGGGCCUUUAAGCAGGGGUAAAAGUUGCAGAUGCAGUUUCAAGGAGACCCAAGGAGACAAUCAUGGUGGACAAGUGCUAGAAGUCGUAGUAGUAUGCAGCUUUGGAGAAUUCACUUGCGUACAUGAGUACACUGAUGAGAGUCACAAUCGAGUGGCCAAUGAUUUUCUUCCAAGUUUUUAUCGUCGGGAUUGGCUCUCGGUGGGUUUGGUCAAUUCGAGUCAGGUUACUUCCUAUAUGUGCACACAUAGCAUAUGACUGUGGAUGAGUUCUAGAGAUGUAAGGGAAUCACAAUAAUGUAAGGUGUUGCCUUUCCAUGCGGAGAUGUGGCAGAGUGACAAGAUGAAGCUAGGCAAUGAUGGUGAUAAAGUGGAUGCAAUUGUGGAGGUUUCGAGAGUAAUUCGAUUGCAACUUUGAAGGAACUCACGAACCAGGAAAUCCCCACAGAAACCAUUUGAUUACUGGAG